AGGGUCGGGGAGGUCGAGCAACAGCAGGAGUUGGAGACCACACUUUACAUGACCCACUCUUUCCUCCAGUUCUCUAUUUUGUGUUUCUUUGUUCGCCAAUUGUUAAAGACUCCUUUUUACUCUUCUUAAAAAACUGGAAAAAGCAGACGACUAUAAAAAAACAUCGGUCAACUUAUGAGGCAAGAAUUUCACACUGGUACAUGAAGCAACGAGGCAGGAGUUUGUAAAAUAUGUGAGUCAGAUGUUUUUGAGGAAAUCACAGCAACGCUUCCCAGAGAAAACAUCGGAUUUUAUGUUAAACUACAAUCUCCUGUAUUUACCAAUGGCAUCAUUUGCAUGGAAUUAUUUGUUCUGUUUGCUCCCAUCACUGCUACUGCUUCUGUCUCUGUGCGUACCCAGGGUACUUUGUUGGACAAGGCUGGUUGUCAGGGCUGCAGGCUGGAGACUCUGGAUCUUUAUUUGCCUGAUCCUGGAGCUGCCACUAGACAGGAAUAUAAGAACAUGGACCGAAUCACCAGGAAUAGAUAUUCUGUCCAGGUCAGGUCAGACCUCAGAUAGUCCCAGGCUCAUCUGCAAACCCACUGCACUGGCCAAAUAUCUGCGUCGGCACUGUGGUUCUCUGGCCAGGCAGAGACUUGCCUCCUGGCCCAGGGGAGACCCCCACCUCCAGACUCUGUCCAGCCUGCUGUGUGGACAACAUAAAGACAUGUUACAGUUCACUAGAGACAAUCUGUUACUAAGAGACGGGGGUAUUUUGGCUCUGGAUUGGGCUGUGGGAACAAGACUGGGUGAGGUGGUCGGGAGGAAGGAGCAUCAGUCAGGGGGAAAGGCGCUAGGCUGCUUCACCACAACACCUCCUGUUCUCCUUCUCAUCCCAGAGUCCUGGGGAGGGAUGACCCCCCACCUAAAGGUGUUGUGCCAUCAGGCCAUGUGUCAGGGCUUUUAUGUGGUGGUGUUUCAUGCUCGAGGCACAGCGGGGUGCCCACUGACCACAGCGCGACUGACUGAGUUUGGAGACCAAGCUGAUCUUGAGCAGGCAGUGGCUUAUGUCCACAGCCGGCAUCCGUCCUCUGUAAUGGUUGCAUGAGUGAGUGAGGGUUCAGGCUCAGGGAUUCUUCUUUCCUACUUGGGGGAGUGUGGAUCAAGUUCACACCUGACAGGGGCUGCAGCCAUCUCACCUGUACUCCAGGGACAACUGUGGUUUGAAACAGCCAUGCCUCCUAUCUAUCGCUGGGGGGUGUUGUUUCACCGGAAACUGCAGCUCAGUAGAUAUGCAAGUUCCUUCAGAGGAGUCCUGGAUGUGGAUCGGGCCCUCAGCUGUUCCUCACUCAGAGACUUUGAGGAAACUCUCUCCUGCUCUUCAACCCAGCUUCAGCAGAGGCCCCCCAGACCUCCAGUAAGUACUCUAAAUUCUGGACUGAACUCAGGAUCCAUUUCCCAGCGGGUCCUGGCACCCUCAGUGGCCUGGGCACUGGGCGAGAGGGCUUACCCAGCCAAUGACUGGGACACCUACUGGGAGAGGAAUGAACCACUGAGAGAUGCAGAUGAGGUGGCGGUCCCUGUACUCUGUAUCCGCAGCCGUGACGAUCCUCUCCUCCCGCCCGCCUCCACUUUGCCCCUUCCCCUUUUCCAGAGCAAUCCAUAUUUUCUUUUGGUGCUGACAGACAGGGGAGGGCACUGCGGGUUUACUCUGGAGGGCCGAGAAGAAAUGGAGGGAGGGAGGACUGGAAAUGAAGAGGUGGAGGAUAGUAACUGGAGUCAUAUUGCAGUUCUGGAGUACUUCAGAGUAGUGGCUGAUUUCCUGAAAGGGGAGGAGAGGGAUGGGGUGAGACUGGAUGGUCCACUAGGAGAAAAUAGUCAGGCUGGGCAGAGGAGCAGGACCAGCAACAACCCUCGCAGGAGGAGAGCAAACAUGGUGAGGAGGCAAAGACUGCAGGCACCUGAAGAGAGCAGUGUGGAGGCAGAGGAAGGGAACUUCACCUGGAAGAGGUCUUACACACGCUGAGGAAGAAGAGAUGGUUAAGGAUGAGAUCUGCAGAGACUUUGGACAACAAGGUUUCUCCUUGUUAUUGUCAAGUGAUCUAAAUGGACGUUAAAGAUAAUGAAAGUACAGUCCUACGAUAUAAAAUGGAAAAUAAAAUCAGCAAAAUAAAGACAGUGGACAGCUGAUGAUAACAAAAACUUGUUUUUUACGGAGCCAAAUUAGUAAAAAUCAUCAAGAGGAUGCAUGACCUUUGGUAAAGAUGGACAAUAACAUGGUCUCAGAACAUAGCUUCACUUGUUUGAAAUUCCAACAAUAUUUAUAAAAGGAUAAUUUACUCCAUUACUAAAGCAACAAGUUUUCAGGCAAAUUAAACAAGCAGUUUAAAGUCAAAUACAUGUCAGAGAGUAGCACCAUCAAUUUAAAAUGUAUUAUAAUACCAUAGUUAUUUAUGUCAAACAGUAUAAAAGAAUUCAAGUAUUUAGGUUGAAGGUUUUU